CGGUCGCUCAGUUCCCUUCGUGAGUUCAAACCGUACGGUCGUGGAAAAUCCAAAAGCGAUCCAGACACGCGAGAACAAGUGUUUUUCCUGAUUUUCCGCCACCCACCAAGUGGAUACACAUACAAGUGCACAUAUGCCAAGCGCGUUCGUUACUUAAUGCGCAGGAAAAAAUAAUCCACCUAAAAGAGUCAAAAUUUCAAGUGUGUUAACAAACAAUGAAAAGUGUGUUGCAUCGAAAGAUCUAAAAGUGUAAAAAAAGUCAAAAGUUGAGUGAUCACACAAAAAAGGCAAAUUUCAAAUUAAUUAAGGAAGAAAAAAGAGAGAACAGAAAGUUUCAUCUACGACUUUUCGCAUCGAACCGGUGACAGGAACAACCGUGACAUUGGAGCCCAAAGGCGGUCCCGUGACAACCUCGUGGUACACAACGGAUCCCUUACCGCAACCACCACCGUCACCAAGGUCCGUAAGGUCAAGACCGGAUCCGCACCCACUGGCAGCACUGCCCCUCGGACACGAACCGGCCCUACGGCACUAGUGCUAACGCGCUGGCAACGCCCACGACGAUGGCCACCAAGGCGGACGGAACCGGUGGCGUCGGCGGUCCCCGGAACAACGGCCACGAGAUGGCCCCGCUUAACACGAGGGCCCGCGGCGACGGAACGCACGGUGUAACCAUAAUGCUGUCCCCGCCGGAUCGCAGCUCGGUGGGGUCCCGGGAGGGAGCUGGCCUCCCCGACGGCGAUCCAGACCGGGCGGCCUGGUCCGGCAAGAUGCAGUUUUUCCUCAGUAUUAUCGGAUAUUCCGUCGGGUUGGGCAACAUCUGGCGGUUUCCGUACCUGUGCCAGCAGAACGGCGGAGGCGCCUUUCUCAUCCCCUUCAUGGUAAUGCUGAUUCUGGAGGGAAUCCCGCUGUUCCUGAUCGAGCUCGGGAUGGGCCAACGGAUGCGGCUGGGCGCCCUCGGCGUGUGGAACACGAUACACCCCUGGCUGGGUGGCAUCGGCAUCUCGUCCUGCAUCGUGACGCUGUUCGUGGCCAUCUACUACAACGUAAUCAUCACCUGGUGCUUUUUCUACUUCUUCAACAGCUUUAGGGUCACCCUCCCGUGGUCCACCUGUCCCCAGUUCAACGGCACCGACCUGCCCGAGUGCGAGCGGUCCUCGGAGACGGCGUACUUCUGGUACCGGACCACGCUGGACGCGUCGCCCAGCAUCGAGGAACCGGAGGGCUUCAAGUGGUGGAUCGUGCUCUGCCUGCUGCUGUCCUGGACGGUGGUGUUCUUCAUCGUGAUGAAGGGCAUCCAGAGCUCGGGCAAGGUGGUCUACUUCACGUCGCUGUUUCCGUACAUCGUGCUGACCAUCUUCUUCAUCCGCGGGAUCACGCUGGAAGGGGCUGGGGCGGGCUUGAUGCACAUGUACACGCCCAAGGUGGAGAAGCUGCUGGAACCGACGGUGUGGCUGGACGCGGCCACGCAGGUGUUUUACUCGUUUGGGUUGGCGUUCGGGUCGUUGAUCGCGUUCGGCAGUUACAAUACGCCGAAGAACAACUGCGUGCGGGAUGUCAUUCUGGUGUCGGUGUGUAAUGCCUUCACGGCGGUCUACGCCAGCGUCGUGAUCUUCGCCAUCCUCGGGUACAAGGCCACCGUCGGAGUGGACCGGUGUAUCACGGUGAACAAACACAUCCUGAUCAAGCACGGGUUGCUUCCGUCGGUUCACGUGGACAAUGCCGAGUACGAACGGGUUAUGUACGGGCUGGACCCGGUUGCGACGGCCAACUGGACGCUUGAACAUUGUAGUCUCGAGGAUCAACUGGAUAGUGCCGCCGAGGGCACCGGUCUUGCCUUCAUCGUCUUCACCCAGGCCAUCGUGCAGCUCCCAGGAGCGCCCUUCUGGGCGGUUCUCUUCUUCACGAUGCUGCUAUCGCUCGGACUUGGGUCCCAGAUCGGCAUCCUGGAGGGUAUGCUGUGCACGAUAUUCGACAUCGACAUCUUCAAGCGGAUUCGGAAACCGUACGUGACGGGUGUGGUCUGCGUGUUCUGUUUCUCGAUUGGAUUGAUCUUCACCACCGGUGCCGGCGAGUACUGGCUCAAGAUGUUCGACUCGUUCGCUGGAACGAUCGGGUUGGUCGUGGUGGCUCUCAUGGAGACCAUUGCCGUCAUCUACAUCUACGGACACAAGAAGUUCACUGAGGACAUCUACCAAAUGACUGGAGUCCGACCCGGAAUCUACUGGCAGAUGACGUGGAGGUACAUCGGUCCGGUGAUCAUGACCGGAAUCCUGAUAUCUUCAGUACUGAGUAUGAUCCUCAGCAGUCCCAAGUAUUCCGCGUGGAACGGUGAACUGGGUAUCACCGAGAACAAAUCCUACCCGGACUGGGUGAUGGGGAUCGCCCUGGCCAUGAUCCUGGCGUCCGUGCUUCCGAUGCCGGUGGUGUUCCUGCUGCGCCGGUUCCAGAUCCUCAAGGUCGACCUGGACAUCCACCAGGGCUCGAUCCGGCGCAAUGAGACUACGGCGUCCACCAAGGAGAUGAUCGACGAGGACGACGACGACGAUGACGAUGAUUUCAGCGGGCCGGCCCUGGGUGGUCCGGUGAACGUGCGCAGCGACAGUGACGACGAGGACGAGCCGCCGACCAUCGGCAAGAUGCUGGCCAAGCAGGGCCAAACCCCGAAAGCCCAGACGUUCCAGUUCAAGAACCAGCACCACCUGACGGCGAACCCGUUGGCGGCGAGCCCGGCCCGGAAGAAACCCUUCAGCAUGGAGGUGAUGGACCUGUAGGGGGAUGACGCGGGGUGGAAAGGAGGUGGAGGGGCAGCAGCAGGGCAAGGGGACUAUUACACUAGUACUACUUAAUAUUACCACAAGCUCAGCUAUAUUUUUAUACUGUUUUUUUAGAUUUCUAACUAGACGUGUACAGAAUGAGAAAAAGAAAAACGUUUUCGCUUCUUGUGUGAGAGAUUAUGGCUUUUUGGAAAUAGGUUUCAGUGUAUUUUUGGUUGAUUUUAGUUUCGAUUCUAACCUUAAUCAGUUGUUUGUACAUAUGAAUGUAAAUUAGUAAGGAGGUAAACUUGAAGCAAAUGUAACGAAGAAAGAGGAAAUCCCGUAAUGAUAAGCGUAAUGUUAGUAAAAAUUGCAACCAAAAACCUGUGUAGUCACUAGUAUUACUUAAAGGCCAAAAAGAGUAAAUUAGAAAUAGUUCGGUACUUGCAGAAAAUCACGUAAGCGUACCAACGCGAGAGGUGUGAAAAUCUCUCUCCCAAGUAAAAUUCCGUUUUCGCUCCUCUUUGCUUCUCUCUUUCUCUUCCCGCGCAGCUGCGUUCUCUCGCAGCUUCCACGACUACCUUGCUCUGCAGAUUUUCCGCAGCUGCUGCAGAGUUUCUGCAAGUACGAAAGUUAACUUAAUUUAUUUGGUUGGCUCGUUUGGUUUCUGAACAUCAUCGUUAUCAAUCGUCAAAAGCCCCUUCCCGAUUUUUGAAAAUGAAAAACAAAACUAUAAUUUUAUCGACAACAGCAACAACAAAGAAAUACAAACGAAAACAAUAAGCUUAACAAGAUAACUUGAUAUUACUCAAAACCAAGCAUACAAAUGCUAGUUAUACUGGAGCGAACAAAAAGUAACCAAAAAAUUGUGUAAUUGAUUUUCUAAACGGAAAAGUAGUCUUGUUCAAGUUGAUCCACGAAUUUAUUUCCUCGUUUUUGGUUUGUAAUAGGUGAUAUAAUUUGUAAGUAUCGAAAGCGCGUUUAACGAAAAAAAACAUGUGUAGAAGAAGUUAAAAUCAAACGAAAAAUGGAAAGAAAAAAGUAUUUCAAAUUACCGUAGCCACUGAGAGCAACUUAUGAGAGACGUGAGAUUAGGUGUUAGUCUUAAAUAAAAUCUGACAAAAAAUAUCAUUAGUAGUAGUAGGAUGGUUCUUUUGUUAUCCAUAGCUUAAGCCAUGGGUGUAAUAUUUCGAUAAAGGCAACUGAAGCAACUUUGGAGCGAUUUUAUUUAAGUUUUAAAAAGAAAUGUUACACAAAAUCUGACUUGCACACAUGCACAACUACAAAAAAACCGAGCAGCAUACAGUUGUACAUAAUGUUCCUUUCCCUCUAAGUUAUUCGAUAAAACUAUUUAUUUUCUAGCGAAGAAAUUACUGACACAAGGAAAAGGAUGAAAAACAAUAAACAUUGUGAUCAAUACUAUAUUUAAUAACAAAAAAAACAAGAAGAGAGUGUAGCUUGUAAGUUAAUGUUUUAAGAGUUAAGUCCCCAAAAAAAGUAAAAAAAACGACUCUAUAUUAGAACCACGCUAUACUUUACGUGCAAAAAUAAAACUGAGAAACAAAAACAUAAAACAAAAAUAUCACUCCUCCACGAGUACCUUAACCACACUAACACACACUCACACUGAAAGAAAAAUAUGAACAAACUUUGACUAGAACGUACUUUGAUGGAUAAACAUUACACAAAAACACAAAACACACUCUCUCACGAAACUCUUACACGCGCAGUCACUCACACUCACACGAAUCGUAUGCCCUAUUGUUUGUUAAACUGACGCUAACGCUUAGGCUUUAGUAAACAAAAAACAAAAACAAAAAAGGUGUCACUCGCUUGGCGCAGUGACGCCGACGAAAACGAUUUUUGCUCAUCAAGUAUUAUCUCACUGCUGUUUUGUUGUCUUUUUUUCUAUUGUUUAUGUUUUUGUUUUGUUCAAACCGAUUUUUAGAUGCAAUAUAUGAGAAAAUGGAACAAUCUUGAAAUUUUUAUAGCACUUGCGAGUAUAAGGUGUGUUUUUUGGAAACAAAAAAAAAUGAUGCAAAGCAAUAUGCGAAAUUUGUUUCAUUCUAUAUGAACGCUAAAAAAUGCACUCUAAGCUCAAAUCUAACUUGUGCUGAGCCUAACAAAAUUAAAUAAAUUGUAGAGAAAAUAAUUUAAACGACGAUAAGCUGUUCAUUCAAAUUGAAUUGUGAAGGAUUCCUCUCAGAAAGAAAUUCGCUCUUCGGUUAUCACUCAAAUCUUCUCUUCUUCUGAGAGUUUCAUUUUAAAUGGGAGAGCGUGAGAACUGUCGAGUUGUUGGGAAUCUGAGACAAGCAAAUUUUUAAGGACAGUUUACGUUCACUACCAAAGUAAGAAAUCUUCCAUAAUAUUUCUUGUCAUGUGUAUGUUGAAAUAACGAGUAUAUUUUCAUUGAAACACAAACACAUACAAACACACGCAGAAUCAUUAAGUAAAACUAAAAAUAUGAAACAAUGUAACGACUGUGAGCGAACCUAGCGUUAAGGCCAAACUUAUACCCUGACAUUAUUGUUAUUAUUUCAAUAAUUGACAAAUUAACUACAAAAACCCAUGUUCAAACUAACGUCAACCCCAACACAGAAAACACUCACACACACAACAGAAGCAAUUACAAGUCCAACACAGGCAAAAUUCCGCAACCCCGAAAAUGUUCGAAAAUCAGGCAAAUCUUGUUGGAAAAUUUAGACUAAUCACAAGCACUAGCGAAAAUAGAUAGAGCAUCAAAUAAGCUGAGAAAAAAAUAACAAAUCCUUACGUCAAUUGCUUAACCGGAGAGACAAACGAACGCUACCAUAAAACAGUUAAAAAUCAACCGAAAUCGCAGCAUUUACCAAUUCACAAUUUCAUCGUUAAAAUUCUUUUAAUCGCUGCAAAAGUUUGACAGAAUUGCAUUUUAAACUCUCGUGAACGCUCCGUUUUGAGAGAGCCUAAAACAGCUCACUCUCUCGCUUCGAAGCGAGAGAGAGUCAAAGUUACGCUCUCUGUGAGGAAGCUGCAGAGAGAACAAUAGUGAUGGGCGCUGCCCAGAAGUUCAAGAAUGCAAUUCUGUCGACUGCUGGUGCUCUGCAAUAAUCUUCGUUUUUGAUUUCUUCACACCAUGAAUGACGAUUGAAAUUAAAAGACUCGAUAGCAACCAGGGUGAUUCAAUUCAUUACUGUUUUUAAUUUUUCGUAUUUCGAAAACUCGCAAAAGAGAGAUAAAAUCAUCCUCAAGAAAAAACACAUACACUGGUUUACACUACUUGUAAUUAGAAGAAAAAAAACGUUUAACAAAGAAAAAAACUAAGCUUAUAUGAAAAUGAAAAAAAAAAACAAAAAACUAAUUGUGGCUUACAAAACAAACACAUUCGUGAAAA